AUGAAUGAUCAGUGUGAGGAGUGUUUGCAAAAUGCAAUCGGAACUCUUACUAUGUGUUGUGGGGGGAAACAGGGUGCGAGAGCUAUGCUAGCAUGGUGUAAUAUUAGAUACGAUCUGUACAAGUUUUAUUAUACAACUGAAACAUCAGCAGCACCGCCCCUGGUUCCUUCUCAUCCUCCUCCUUCAGUUGGGGAUGAAAGUGGCACAAUACAGUCGCUACAGUUCAAUUUGGCCACAAUUGAGGCUGCCACAAAUAAGUUUUCCUAUGAAAACAAAAUAGGAAAACGUGGAUUUGGAGAGGUUUACGAGGGUGUUCUUUUAGAUGGACGAGAAAUAGCUGUAAAAAAACUCUCGCAAAGUUCACGACAAGGUGUAGUAGAAUUCAAGAAUGAGGUUUUGUUAAUAGCAAAACUUCAACACAGAAAUCUUGUAACAUUAUUAGGAUUUUGCUUGGAAGAACAGGAGAAAAUGCUUAUUUAUGAAUUUGUGCCCAAUAAAAGUCUUGAUUACUUUUUAUUCGAUAACAACAUGAAUCCAAAAAACUCAGAUUUUGGCAUGGCAAGGAUGGUUGCUAUAGAUCAAGAUCAAGGAAAUACUAAUAGAGUUGUUGGAACAUUUGGUUAUAUGUCUCCAGAAUAUAUAAAGUAUGGGCAAUUUUCAGAAAAGUCUGAUAUCUUUAGCUUUGGAGUCAUAGUUUUGGAGGUCAUUAUUGCUAAAAGGAAUGCCCAUCCUCUUGUAUCAUCAGAUGAUGAUAGCCUCCUAGCUUAUUAUCGCUCACUCUCCUUUUGUGCAAACUGA